AUGGGUCGCUUAUGUUCUGUAUUAAUAUGUGACAGUAGAGUAAAUAAAAGUAAUAAUGAAAAUGCUACUUUAUUUUCUAUACCUAAGGAUGAAUCUAUCCGUAAAUCGUGGACAAAUAUUGUUAACGAUUGGAAUGAAAUCUUCAAAUUAUCUAUACGUGAAGAUAAAAUUAAACAUCUAAAAAGUCGAUUGGAUUCUUUAAUAAAAGAAGAACGUUGGGAAGUAGAUGACAUUUUUGCUGAACAUAACUAUCAUAUAGCAUCAACAAGAGACUCAAUUACAUAUUAUAUAUGUGGUUAUUUACUUCGACAAAUUAUAAAACGAACUACUUGUGAUAUUUGUUUAUCAGCAUUUAAAGAAGGGGACAGAUCAAUACCUGAGGCAUCAAUAACCAAUAUAAAAUCAAGAGGAGGAUUAAUUUUUCCCAAUAGGAAAAUAUUUGAGAUUAUAAUAGGUUUAGAGGAGGCAUUUGAGCAAUUUUGUGAUAGCUAUGACGUUUUUCAAGAAACUGUUGAUUUUUUCAUAGAAAACAACCAACAUUUGCUUGCAUUUCCAUGUACCAAUCACAAAAAUGAAAUUUUUUUAUUUAUAAUUACCUAUUAUGUUACUAUGCGAAUGAGACAAUAUUCACGUAUAUCCAACCAAAAGCAAGUAAAAAACCAUGCAAAAAAAAAAAAACUUUCUAAAUUAUUGGUAGCAACGUAGGUAGUAAUGUGCAUUUAUUACAUAAAUAUUUACUACUUUAUUAAUUAAAAUAUAAAAUAUAAUAAGUUUGAGUACUGAUUUUAAUUUUUGAAUAUGUGAUGGUUAUUCAUUGUUCUGUUAUCACUAGUCACUACGACUUAUCACAUAAAAGAAUUUUCAACAGCACAGUAUAAAAAAAUCGCUACUAGACACUAGAGUGCAGUUACGUAGCGAACGUACGACCGCCGUACAACUCUGUAGCCACCUUAUUAUAUACAGUGUCCAGUCCUAUGUAGUAGUUCGU